AAUAAUUUAAAAUUUUAAUCCCUAUCACUGUCCGAAAAGUAAAAUAUUAACAAAUCUCGUUAAAGCAAUGAUAAUCCUUUUUAAUUAAUAGCUAAAAGGCAGUUGGAAAAAAGUGACCUUUUUCAUAGUAAAUAGCUCCAUCUGUGUAACCUCUCAGCACAUAGAACGAUCAAACCAACCGGGUCCAACCCAAAGAUCGAAAUGAACACCUUAACGACAACGUUUUCCACGCACCACUCCUACUCCCACACCACUUUCCACACUACCCUUAUCCCAAUCCAAUCCCUCUCCUUCCGCACUCCCAAUCACAAGUUCAGACUCUUAUGUUUCUCCUCGGAUCCCUCUCAUUCGCAGCCGGUCGUCGUCGUCGGCUCUGCCAACGCCGACAUCUAUGUAGAGAUCGAUCGCCUCCCGCUAGAAGGCGAGACCCUCGCUGCAAAGUCCGGCGAGACGCUUGCCGGCGGCAAGGGCGCCAAUCAGGCCACGUGCUCCGCGAAGCUCUCCCAUCCGACCUACUUCAUCGGACAAGUUGGUGAUGACGCUUAUGGUAGCCUCGUCACCGGCGCUCUUCGCAGCGGUGCUGUACGCCUCGAUAGUCUGACGGUGGUUCCGUCCGUGCCCACUGGUCACGCCGUUGUGAUGCUCCAAUCCAACGGCCAGAACUCCAUCAUCAUCAUCGGGGGUGCUAACUCGAGUGGUUGGCCCAGUUCCCUGCCACGUCAGCAUUUGGACAUCGUGGCCCAAGCCGGCAUUGUUUUGUUGCAGAGGGAGAUACCGGAUUAUGUCAACGUUCAAGUGGCGCAGGCUGCGAGGAAUGCUGGCGUGCCUGUUGUGUUGGAUGCCGGAGGAAUGGAUGGACCACUUCCGCCGCAAUUAUUGAAUUUUGUUGAUAUUUUGAGUCCUAAUGAAACUGAACUUGCUCGCAUUACUGGAAUGCCGACUGGAAGUUUUGAACAGAUUGCACAGGCUGCUUUGAAAUGCCAUGAAUUGGGAGUUAAACAAGUUCUUGUGAAACUUGGGCAUAAAGGAUCUGCCCUUUUUGUAGAAGGAGAAAAACCGAUUCAGCAGCCUGCCAUAUUAGCUAAAACAGUCGUAGAUACAACUGGUGCUGGUGAUACUUUUACUGCCGCUUUUGCUGUGGCCUUAGUUGAGGGCAAGUCCAGAAAGGAAUGCCUCAGAUUUGCUGCUGCUGCAGCUUGUCUUUGUGUUCAAGUUAAGGGAGCCUCUCCCAGCAUGCCAGAUAGGAAAUCUGUUUUGGAUCUACUUAAUCGUCAAUGAAUAUACUUGCAAAAGAUUCACGCGUGGCUCUCAAGUACAUAACUAUUAUUUAGUUUUAUUAAAUGCGUUGCUAAUACAAUUCACGUGUCCAUUUAUUAAAAUUUUCUCUAGUUUGUCCUAUUAUUAAUGCUGUUUUGUGAACAUAUUUGUUUCAAAAUGCUAAAUGAGCAGUCAGUGCGUACAAAGGAGAAUCUUUAAGUCUCUUCCUAUUCUAUUAAUUUUUUCCUGCCGAAGAACGAAUCAAUGAAGAUUUUUGAAAACACGUGGUUUCAAUAACUGAUAAUUGUCUUACUUUUUACUGUCAGUGAUCACAAUUUGGAUCAGGAACAGAAAUAGUUGUGUAUGACAGGGAAAGACACUUCAAAAUCAUUUACACAGCAUUUCUGGUAGAUUGAAUAGUUUGUUGUCAUUGUAGUAAGAUUAGGCCAAACACUUACCCUUUGACAAUGAAAGCAAAAUCAAGAGAAUAGGAAAAAAAAUGUUCUAAACGAUGUUAGGUGUAAGAGAACAAAAGAAAAUAGUUAACUUCCUCUUUGUUUGGUGAGACGAGUGUUGAAAAAUUAACGAAGUGAAAGAUAUAUCUAUCCUGAAACAUCGCUUUAUUCAUCCCAGGACCUUUUUUAAAAAAAUUUAUGCCUAGAGGUAAUCAUUUGUUCGACAUUGAUUUUAGUGUGGAAACUGAAUACUUUCUCAAAAUUGACAUAUAUUUUUCAUA